GUACUGGAAGAUGCUCGAAGAGAUGCUGACUUGCACCAUGUGGCUUGCAAUAUGGUGAAAAAACCUGGCAACAUUUACUAUCUUUACCAGAGGGAAAGUGGCCAGCAGUACUUUUCCAUUAUUUCUCCAGAGGAAUGGGGAGCAGGCUGCCCCCAUGACUUCCUUGGUGCCUACAAGCUGCAACAUGACUUGUCAUGGACUCCAUAUGAAGACAUUGAGAAGCAAGAUGCUAAAAUUGGCAUGAUGGACAAGCUGCUGAACCAGCCCAUGGCCUUGCCCCCAUGCACCGAACCUGCCUUCCAGGGACUGACUCACUGAGUAUGGCUCUGACUAGAAGUCCUCAUGACAAAGGCCUGACCACUACCUCCUUGUCCACAUUCUCUUCCUUGAUGGGGUAGGGGUGGGGGGUUCACGAGGACUGUGCGUUAUUGGGUGAACUUCUUGGAAGGAGACCAUGGUGGGUGUAGAUGCUGUGUUUGCUGUCAGUUGGGAUGGCGAGGAAUCACAGAACUCCUGUGGGAUCUUCCUGGGCCCACUGAUGGCAGGUCACUCCAUUUCAGAGGAUUGGCUAGUACUUCCUUCACCUCCAGUUGUUCCUCUCUAAGUCAAAACACCGGAGAAGGAAGAACCUUCUUCCCACAGCAAGUUGGUGGGUCAUUUUCCAAAGGGAACCGUUUUCCUAUCUUUUGUGUCAGGUUGGUAUUGAAGCUGUCUUCAUAGGUGCCAUGACAAUUUGAGGUUGAUUUCAGGAAUCCCAGUGUUGCUUACACAAGAUUAAAAGAAACAACAAAAACUUGG